AUGUCGGCGGACGUCUUCUCCACCGAGUCUGCCGUACAUGGCACGCACGCACUCAUCAAACGCUGCGAGAAGCUCCACCGUGCGCUCUUCUUCCUGCCUGUCAAGGGCGGAGCUCUGGACAAUCACUGGCGGCUCGAUCUCUGCACCACACACCUUUGGAGCUACCCGGGCGGCACAAUCCCAAUGCAAGUCUUCAGCAACCCACUUUUAGCGCCUCUCUACCGCAGCAUGAAGACUGAGUCUUCGGUUUUCAGCUCCUAA